UGAAACCGAGUCUCUUCCCGAAAGGAGACAAAGACCAGACACAGAGCGAGAGAGAAUCGUAACAGAAACGGUCACUGGAAGUUGUCUCUCUACCACCCUCUCAGCCAUGGCAACAAUUCCCCCUAGCCGAUCAUCAUCACACGCGUUUGUUGCCAUGGCAACCUUCACGACUCUGUUGUUGUGCACGGCGGCGGCGAAGGAGAGCGUGUACGAGAUACUCCCCAAGUACGGGCUCCCGAGUGGUCUGUUACCGGAUACCGUCACCGACUACAAACUCGACGAGGAUGGCCAAUUCGUCGUCGUUUUGUCGAAGCCCUGCUACAUACAGUUCGAUUACUUGGUUUACUACGAGAGCAAGAUCUCCGGCAAGCUCAGCUAUGGCUCCAUCACCAAUCUCAAGGGCAUUCAGGUCCAGCGCCUCUUCAUCUGGUUCAACGUCGACGAGAUCAGGGUCGAUUUGCCACCCUCCGACAGCAUCUACUUCCAGGUCGGCAUCAUCAACAAGAAACUCGACGUUGACCAGUUCAAAACCGUUCGUUCCUGCCGCAAAUCCCUCUCGUGCCCCCCUUUCCUUCCACGUCCAAUUCAGCUUCCUGCUCCGGUGGAUGAAAUUUCCAUGCUUCUCACGGAGUAGAUCCAGUUUCAUACUAGCUAUUGCAUGGCAUAAUGGAAUGACGUUUUAACCUGUCACUGUCCCUCUAUUGCCUUAGCUUAUAUCUGUCAAAGUGUCCAAGACUCGCAAAACCGAGUGUGGUUGCGUUAUAUUAUAUCCUCGGGAGACCUUUAUGAACAUGAUAUUAUGUACAUAUUUAAGUUGAGACUUCAACUUCAUGUGUAUUGCUGAACUUUCCAGUUGCUGGUAAGAUUUAAACGUGAUUUAAUAAUGAAUGCCAAAUUCGGGUCUUGGCUAAAACAA